CAAACAUUUCAAACACCUUGAUUUCUUUUGAACCCUCCUUUACAAUAUCAUUUCCUAACAACUUUUUCUCAAAUUAAUUUCUUAGUAACAUUUUUCUCCUAAAGAAAAUAGCCAAGAAAAUUAUUAGUCUAUAGUUUCUUAUUUUUCUCAAUAUUUUACUCAAUGGAACUCCCACCUGGCUUUAGGUUUCAUCCAACUGAUGAGGAGCUAAUUGUGUAUUAUCUUUGUAAUCAAGCAACAUCACAACCAUGUCCUGCAUCUAUCAUUCCAGAAGUUGAUAUCUAUAAAUUUGAUCCAUGGGAAUUACCAGAUAAAUCAGGCUUUGGAGAAAAUGAAUGGUAUUUUUUUACUCCAAGAGAAAGAAAGUAUCCAAAUGGGGUGAGACCAAAUAGAGCAACUGUUUCUGGUUAUUGGAAAGCUACUGGAACAGAUAAAUCAAUCUUUAGUGGGUCUAAGCAUAUUGGAGUUAAGAAAGCUUUGGUAUUUUACAAGGGUAGACCACCAAAGGGAAUCAAGACAGAUUGGAUUAUGCAUGAAUAUAGGUUAAUUGGAUCAAGAAGACAAGCUAAUAGACAAAUUGGGUCCAUGAGGCUAGAUGAUUGGGUCUUAUGUAGGAUCUAUAAGAAGAAGAACAUCACAAAAUCAUUGGAGACAAAUGAAGACUACCCAACAAAUCAAAUCAACAUGACACAAACAAAUGAUGAUAAUGAACAAGAAUUAGUGAAAUUUCCAAGGACAUGUUCUCUUACUAAUCUUUUGGAUAUGGAUUAUAUGGGACCAAUAUCACAAAUAUUAUCAGAUGGAUCAUAUAAUUCAACCUUUGAAUUUCAAAUUAAUACAGCACAUGGUGGAACAAUAGACCCCACUUAUGCAGCUGGUUUAGAGAAGUACAAUGUGAAACAAAAUAGCAGCUUUGGGAACCAAGUAUUUGAUCAAAGGGAAUAAUAACCAAAAAAAGAAUAGAAAAUGACAUUAAUGGAUUAUUUGGGUAUGACGAUAAGCAUUACCAAUAUAAUAAUAAUCUUGAAGAUUCUUUGUAGAAAUAUAUAUUAUUUUACAUCAACCAAUGAAUGAAUUUUCAGUUAUAUUCAAA